CAGCAACCGCGAUGAGAUUCAUCUGCCGACUCGCACAAUGGCAGCCAACGAAACCACCAGCGCCGUGGCAGAUGGCCAGUCCGGCGCGCCAGACGCGGCUCCAGCCGCUGGGUCGCCUGCCGAGACGAACAAUGGCCACCGCGGAAACCGCGGCGGCAGAGAGCGGGGCAACGACAAGCAGAAGCGCAAGCAUUCCGGCUUCGGGAGCGCAAAAGGCCCGGUACCGGACAAGCGCGAGCGAGUCCAGAACGACCGCAAUGCCAAACGCCGCAAGGUGAUCGACGAGGACAACAAGGGUAGCAGUUACAUGAGCAUUACCUUCACCCCCGAGGAGAUCGCCGCCGAGGGACGCCGGCCGAAGCGCAAGGUCGCCGUGAUGAUCGGGUACGCCGGCACCGGCUACCACGGCAUCCAGAUCAACCACAAGGACAAGACGAUCGAGGGCGACAUCUUUGCCGCCUUCGUCGCCGCCGGCGCCAUCUCCAAGGCGAACGCCGACGACCCCAAGAAGUCGAGCCUGGUGCGCUGCGCGAGAACGGACAAGGGAGUUCACGCGGCCGGCAACGUGCUCUCGCUGAAGUUGAUCGUCGAGGACGAGGACAUUGUCGACAAGAUCAACGCGCACCUGCCGGACCAGAUCAGGGUGUGGGGUAUCCAGCGCACCAGCAACGGUUUCAGCUGCUACCAGGCCUGCGACUCCCGCUGGUACGAGUACCUCAUGCCCAGCUACUCGCUGCUGCCGCCGCUGCCCCGCAGUUUCCUGGGCAAGAAGCUCGCCGAGUCCGCCAACGAGAAGGGAGUCUACGACGAGUACGUCGAGCGCCUCAACGACGUCAAGGAUUUCUGGGAACAAGUUGAGAAGAACGAUAUCCAACCGAUUCUCGAGAAGCUGGAGCCCGACGUCAGGGCCGAGGUCUUGCGAAAGCUCCACGACACGCAGGACCAGGAUCUCGGCGAUGAGGGGGCGCAGACGAAAGCCGACUCUGACGCAGCGGCGGCCACCAACGCCGGCGAGGAUACAGAAAUGAAGGAGGCGCAAGGGCAGGAGGAGGACGUGGAGGAGAAGAAGAAGGAGAAACCUAAGGAGGAUGCCGAGGGGGGUAGUGCCGAAGCAGGGGCCCCACUCGAAAACAGCGCGUCCGAAACACAAGGCCAAUCUGCUGCCCGAGGACCGAGAGCCGAGCCGGUCCUCACGCCCGUCGAGCGCGCGCUCCGCGAGAUCAAGGCUGCGUAUGUCGCGGCCAAGCGGCGGUACCGCGUCUCGCCCGUGCGCAUCCAGAGGUUGCAGCAGGCGCUCGACCUCUACCUGGGCACGCGCAACUUCCACAACUACACCAUCAUGAAGUCCUUCAAAGACCCCUCCGCCAAGCGCCACAUCAAGUCGUUCCAGGUCAACCCGACGCCCAUCACGAUCCGCGAUACCGAGUGGCUCUCGCUCAAGGUGCACGGGCAGUCCUUCAUGAUGCACCAGAUCCGCAAGAUGGUCGCCAUGGCCGUCAUGGUCGUCCGCUGCGGCGCGCCCCUGUCCAUCAUCACCGAGAGCUACGGGCCCAGGCGGAUCAGCAUCCCCAAGGCGCCCGGGCUCGGCCUGAUGCUGGAACGGCCCAUGUUCACCGAGUACAACAAGAAGGCCGCCUCGCUGGGCAAGGAGCCCAUCGACUUCUCAAAGUGGGAGGACAAGAUCGCGGCCUUCAAGGACGAGCACAUCUACCGCAGGAUGUUUGAGUUGGAGGAGAAGGAGAACUCAUUCCAUCUCUUCUUUAACCAGGUCGACAACUUCCGGACAGACUAUUUCCUCUGGGUGACUGCCGGUGGCGUGGAGGCGUCGCACGAGCGGUCAGAGCGGACCGAGAAGGUACCCAAGGCGCUGGAGACGGAGUUGGGUGAUGAAGCGGAUGGCGUGGAGGAGGUGGGCACAUAAAACACUAUAAUAAACAAAAACGACACUCGAGCUUAGCCUCGCAUGUUCCUCUACCCUUGAUAGACAGACGAGGCGCCGGAAAUCAAAA